AGACGGUGCCGAUCGCGUCGCGCGAUCUGGGGCUCUUUGACCACUGCUCUGUCCUUUCACACUCUGCGGAUUUUCCACCGUUUUUCAUGCUGCGAAUCUUGUUUUCGAGGCGAGCAUUUCUAUCUCCUGGAAUUCGAUAUACUGCCCACACGUACCAGCCAAGCCUACGCAGCAGCAUGUCAAGUCCACCCAUCCACCACCCAGAAAUUGCCGCCAUGCGGAUAAACUACACCCAACCAACACUAACAGAAUCCCAGCUCGAUCCCAACCCAAUUACUCAGUUUGAACGGUGGUUCAACGAGGUCAAAUCCUCUGGAACAAUCCGCGAACCCAACGCAAUGGCCCUUGCGACAUCGUGUCCGACAACAGGUCGUCCAUCCUGUCGUAUGGUGCUGUUCAAAGACGUUGACGAGACUGGGUUGGUCUUUUACACCAAUUAUGAGUCUCGCAAGGCACGGGAAUUGGAUGCCAACCCUUUUGCUGCUUGUACGUUCUGGUGGGGUGAGCGAUCGGUGCGUGUAGAGGGUAAAGUAGAGAGAACAUCAGCCGACGAGAGUGAUACCUAUUAUAAUUCUAGACCAAGGGGCAGUCGACUGGGAGCGUGGGCGUCCCCGCAAAGUAAAGUGCUAACUGGCGGACGGGCAGAAUUGGAGCAACAUGAGAAGGACAUACAGGAACGGUUCAAGGAUGUAGAGGAUGUGCCACGACCGGAACAUUGGGGUGGUUAUAGAGUGAUACCGGAUAGAAUCGAGUUUUGGGCAGGGAGACCUUGUAGGCUACACGAUAGAAUCGUGUAUACAAGACAUUCAUCCGAUUCAGAAUGGUCGGUCCUUAGAUUAGCUCCCUAGUGGGAGAGUUUUCUGGAUAGUCAAUAGUGUCUGUCGUGAAGGACAGUAAUAUAUAUGCCCUUGCAAUGCACAUGUGUAUCUCUUAAACACAAAUAAGAAUCGAAGAUUAUGAAGGUA